AUUGGAUUACAAUUGUAAAGACAUAACUCAUAUAGAAAAUGGAUUUCAACACUGCCUGCGAAAAAGCCAAAGCUUUUACCAAAAAGCCCACCAAUGAAGAAUUUUUGGAAUUCUAUGGUCUCUACAAACAAGCCACCGUGGGUGAUUGCAACAUUGCCAAACCUGGUGUAACCGAUUUGACUGCCAAAGCUAAAUAUGAAGCCUGGGUAAGACAUCAGGGUAUGUCCAAAGAAGCCGCCCAACAGGCCUAUAUUGCUGUAUAUCAAAAAUAUGCUCCUAAAUAUGCUUAAAAUCAUACAUUUUCAUUUCACUGAAAGUAAUUUUUUGUUUUAAUAAAUUGUUUAAAAUUUAAUUCUUAAUACAAAAA